UGUUGGGAGGAAAGGAACCCCCCACUUUUGUCCCCCGCACUUGGCUUCGGGCUGGUCGCGGGGGCGGUGAUGACGACUCUCGGCGGGGCACGGGCCUCGGGAGCGCUCCCCGCAGGCCCCGGACGGGGAGGCAGAGGGGGCUCGGGCCGAACGCGGGCUCCGAAGCCGGGGCGGGGCGGGCAGUAGUAGGGUCUCCUCGGAAAACGAGAACUUUCCCGUCCCCCGGCGAUUAGAUGCAGGCAGGCACCGAUUGGCCGCUUUGUCCUCGUCGGUCACAGCACCCAGAGCACCCUCCCUAUGGGGAUCCAGCUAGACUUUGGGCUCCUUGAGUAUUUUCCAUUUUGUACUUUGGAAUAGCCCCUCACCGUAUCCAGCAUGAAGUAACCUUCUUAAUGAUUAUCCUCAGCAGGACAGGUGUGAGAGGUUUGCUGUCGUGUUACAAUCAUGGUGCAGAAAUACCAGUCACCAGUGAGGGUGUAUAAACACCCCUUUGAGUUAAUUAUGGCUGCCUACGAAAGGAGGUUCCCUACGUGUCCUUUGAUCCCGAUGUUUGUGGACAGUGACACCGUGAACGAGUUCAAGAGCGAAGACGGGGCCGUUCACAUUAUAGAACGGCGCUGCAAGCUGGACAUAGACGCACCAAGGCUGCUGAAAAAGAUUGCAGGAGUCGAUUAUGUUUAUUUUGUCCAAAAAAACUCACUGAAUUCUCGGGAACGUACUUUGCACAUCGAGGCCCAUAACGAAACGUUCUCCAACCGGGUCAUCAUCCACGAACAUUGCUGCUACACUGUUCACCCUGAAAACGAAGAUUGGACCUGUUUUGAACAGUCUGCAAGUUUAGAUAUUAAAUCUUUCUUUGGUUUCGAAAGUACAGUGGAAAAAAUUGCAAUGAAACAAUACACCAGCAACAUAAAAAAAGGGAAAGAAAUCAUUGAAUACUAUCUUCGUCAGCUGGAAGAAGAAGGCAUCACGUUCGUGCCCCGUUGGACUCCGCCUCCCAUAGCUUCCUCUUCAGAGACGACCUCGUCCUGCAAGAAACAGGCGGCGUCCUCGGCUGCUGUCGUCUCGGAUGCUGCCCAGGCGGAGGGGCUGGGCGGCGAGCCCCUCAGCAGCCCCAGCGGGCCGCCCGAGCCGGCGGCGGGGACCCCUGAAGACAAACUAGACGCAGACUACAUCAAGAGAUACCUGGGGGACUUGACCCCGCUGCAGGAGAGUUGCCUGAUCCGGCUUCGCCAGUGGCUCCAGGAAACCCACAAGGGCAAAAUUCCAAAGGACGAGCACAUUCUUCGGUUCUUACGUGCCCGGGACUUCAACAUCGACAAAGCCAGGGAGAUCAUGUGUCAGUCUUUGACUUGGCGGAAGCAGCACCAGGUGGACUACAUCCUCGAUACCUGGAGCCCCCCCCAGGUCCUCCAGGACUACUACGCCGGAGGCUGGCACCAUCACGACAAAGACGGCCGGCCGCUCUACGUGCUCAGGCUGGGGCAGAUGGACACCAAGGGUUUGGUGCGAGCGCUCGGCGAGGAGGCUUUGCUGCGAUACGUUCUCUCCAUAAACGAAGAAGGGCUGAGACGGUGUGAGGAAAACACAAAAGUCUUUGGUCGACCUAUCAGUUCGUGGACCUGCCUGGUGGACCUGGAGGGUCUGAACAUGCGCCACCUGUGGAGACCCGGCGUCAAGGCCUUGCUGCGCAUCAUAGAGGUGGUCGAGGCCAACUACCCCGAGACGCUCGGCCGCCUCCUCAUUCUUCGCGCCCCCAGGGUGUUUCCCGUCCUCUGGACGCUGGUUAGUCCAUUCAUCGAUGACAACACCAGAAGGAAAUUCCUGAUUUACGCAGGAAAUGACUACCAGGGUCCUGGCGGCCUGCUGGAUUACAUCGAUAAAGAGAUUAUUCCAGAUUUCCUGAGCGGGGAGUGCAUGUGUGAAGUGCCCGAGGGCGGACUGGUUCCCAAAUCUCUGUACAGGACCGCGGAGGAGCUGGAGAACGAAGACCUCAAGCUGUGCACCGAGACCAUCUACCAGUCUGCCAGCGUCUUCAAGGGAGCCCCGCACGAGAUCCUCAUUCAGAUUGUGGAUGCCUCUUCGGUGAUCACUUGGGAUUUUGACGUGUGCAAAGGGGACAUCGUCUUCAACAUCUACCACUCCAAGAGGUCGCCCCAGCCUCCCAAAAAGGACUCCCUGGGGGCGCACAGCAUCACUUCCCCGGGAGGGAACAACGUGCAGCUGAUAGACCGGGUCUGGCAGCCGGGCCGUGACUACAGCAUGGUCGAGUCCCCUCUGAUCUGCAAAGAAGGGGAGAGCGUGCAGGGCUCGCACGUGACGCGGUGGCCGGGCUUCUACAUCCUGCAGUGGAAGUUCCACAGCAUGCCGGCGUGUGCCGCCACCAACCUGCCCCGGGUGGACGACGUGCUGGCCUCGCUGCAGGUGUCGUCCCACAAGUGCAAAGUGAUGUACUACACCGAGGUGAUCGGGUCCGAGGACUUCCGGGGCUCCAUGACCAGCCUGGAGUCCAGCCACAGCGGGUUCUCGCAGCUGAGCGCCGCCACCACGUCCUCCAGCCAGUCUCACUGCGGCUCCAUGGUUUCCAGGUAGUGCCGCGACGCCCGUGCCCGGUGCGCGGAGGGGACAGCGCGCCUCCUCGGACGGCCCGCCGCGCUCCGCCCCCUGCCGGCGGCCGCGCUGUGCCGACCCGUCCCCUUGUAGGCAGCGGAUAGCUCUC